AUGUUUGACCUCCCGGCCAAGGAGCUCACCUCCCAUGAUAGUCUCCUGAAUCCCACCUUCGGCUGGGGCCGCCUGAUGCUCUCCGAAACGAGCAUGCGCUCGAUACUGCGACAGGCCCACGUCUUCCCGCCCUUCAUGAAGUAUCUGACCGCGUUCGGCGAGAAGGACUUUGCCCGGGACGAGGGCUUUGCUGCAUACGACAUCAAGGAGCACCUCGACGGGCUUCCACAACGUCUGAGCCUAGAAACGUGCUUUUUGUGGAAGUACAUGCAGCGCGACGACGGAAACGCCCAGCACCCGUGGACCAUCCGCCAGGCCCUCGUCUACCAGAAUUUCUCGUGCAUGACGCAGACGAGCACGAAUAUCCUCAUCAGAGCGCCGUCCCAGGUCACGGACCGCCUGAAGCACAACUUCACCGCCUCCUCAGCAUCCCGGGAUGCCACCGUCGCGGAAUGGCUCGGGGUGCAAAAGGUCUUCAUGUCGUGCGGGACAGAGGACUGGCGACAGGCGCUCAACUAUUAUGACGAGCAAAUCACAAACAUGUUCGACGUCCUCGUCAUGUUCUCGAUCGAGACAGGAACCGACAACGACUCCAAGAAGGUCCAGCAAUGCGUGAGUGCUAUGAAGCAACUCACACACCUCGUCGACCAGCUCUCGCGAAUAUCGCACGUGCUGGGCCUGAACUCCAAGAUCAUACACUGCAUGAUGAACGCCGCACGCCGAUACGACGAGAGCGCAGAACGGUGCGCGGCCUUUCUCGCCUUCGCCGAAGCCGUGCAGCUCGAGUAUGCCUUUCUCCGACAGUUGGCCGAGUCGUUGUUGGCCCGCGGAAACAACUUGUCCCGCCAGCUACACGACAUCAUUGCUUUCCGAAAGUCCGAGCUCAACAACAGGAUCGCCAACGCGACCAGCGCGAGCACCGCGGCCGUAGUUGAACUGACAUCCAAGAGCUCCCACGAAGCUCGGAUCGUCAAGGUGCUCACAAUCGUGGCCCUGAUAUACGUGCCGGCCUCAUUCGCUGCGGACUUUCUGCAGAUGGGCUACGUCUCGGUGGACCAGGAUAGAAACUUCCACAUCGUGGCAAGUAUGGAUGUGUGGCUGUGGGUCAUCAUAGCCUUCCCCCUGAUCGUGCUCGCUCUCUCGGUCCUGCUUGUCUGCGAGGUGCUGGGGCGGAGGAGAGUCGCCCAGACGGCAAGCCCGAAAACACCCAUCUUCACGAACAUCGUCUAA